GAAAACCAUUAGGUUUUGUAAUUUUCGUAUUAUUUUAUUAUUUAUUUUGUUUCUUUAAAUAGGUGGAGUUUGAGGAUAGAUGAAUAAGGAAAGGUAGUUGAGUGAGUGGGGAAUGCUUGCUCCCUUGGUGGUGACUUGAAUAAUUAUUUUUAUAAAUUUAUUAAAGGAUCAAAAAAAAAAAAAGGAAGAAGAGAAGAAAAACCUUUGAAUCAAUCAAUCAAGAGAAAAACCUAGUUGCUUUUUUUCUCUGUAAUAUCUUUGGCCUCAAAUCCUUGGAUUUUAUUUGUUAAUUUUUCUUCCCUUCUUUUGGUGUCUUCCGUAAUCUCUGGGUUUUUUUUUCCCAUUUGGUGAGUAACUUCUGCUUAUCUGUUUGGCUUUCUUCACAGGUGUUUGGAUUGGAGAAGAAUCAAUCAGAACUGAUCAUAUCUGACUUAUUUGUUCAGUCAUCAACAGCUCCUCCUUUGCCCACCUAUUUGGCUUAUCGAAAUGGUGAGAGGAAAAACUCAAAUGAGACGCAUAGAGAACGCGACUAGCAGGCAAGUUACCUUCUCGAAGCGGCGAAAUGGGCUGUUAAAGAAAGCCUUUGAGCUUUCCGUUCUUUGCGAUGCGGAGGUUGCCCUUAUCAUCUUCUCUCCUAGAGGAAAGCUCUAUGAAUUUGCAAGUUCCAGCAUGCAGGAGACAAUAGGACGUUAUUUGAGGCAUACAAGAGAUUCUCGGGCCAGCAAGCAGCCAACUGAAGAAACCAUGCAGCAAAUGAAGAGUGAAGCAGCUAACAUGCUGAAGAAGAUAGAGCAACUUGAAGUUUUAAAACGGAAACUAUUGGGAGAAGGUCUGGGAUCAUGUUCUAUUGAAGAACUACAACAGAUAGAACAACAGUUGGAGAAGAGCGUCAGCAACAUACGCGCAAGGAAGACACAAGUUUUCAAGGAAAAAAUUGAGCAGCUCAGAGAAAAGGAGAAAAUGCUAGCAGCUGAAAAUUUAAGGCUGACUGAGAAGAGUGUUAUGCAAGUUGAAACAUUGGAUGGAUCGAAAGAGCUGGGAAACAGCGAAAAUAUAGGGGAUGAUAGUAAUCCAGUUUCAGAUGUGGAGACUGAAUUGUUCAUUGGUCCACCGCCAGAAAGAAGAGCAAGGCGUUUCCCACUCCGCCCAUGAGAUGAGCCCAACAACAUCCCCCAACUGUUUCUAUGACUGCCGCCAGCUUUUAUCAAUAUAUAUAUAUAUAUACACUAUAUAUAUAUAUAUAUAUAUA